GGAUUUGAGAACUUCUGCUGCUGAGCCAGACUUGCUCACCCAGGAGGGAGGAGAGCACUGGGCCCCAAACAUUCAAGAAACAGAGAAAAAAGAAGUCCUGAGCAGCAGUCAGGAAGCACCUGCUGGGAUGGACGGGGAGAUGGAGGAGGAGAGUGCCGGAGACCAAGAUGCUGAGCAAGCACGGAGGCGUGCAGUUGCGUGGGUGAUGCUCGAACACAGUGCCCGUGGGAGCCAGCAGGGUCUGCUAACAUGGAAAACGGGGAGCAGGACACUUUGUGGAGGAGCUGAUGCCAACCUUGGAGAAACUCCCAUCCAGGUGGAGACUGCGGAAAGGCCGCCUGAGCAGGGGCAAGAGGGUGGCUGGAGCAGGGACUUGCUUACGCCUCCGAGAGACGACGUGGGAGAGAAACCUUUCAAGUGCCCGGAGUGUGGCAGAAGCUUCAUGAGGAGCUCAGACCUCAUCGUCCACCAGCGGAGCCACACCGGGGAGAAACCCUACCAGUGCCCCGAGUGCGGGAGGUGCUUCAACAGGAGCUCCAGCCUCGUGACGCACCAGAGGGUGCACACGGGGGAGAAAAUGUACAAGUGCCCCGAGUGUGUGAAAAGCUUUACACGGAGCUCAACGUUGACCGCACACCUGAGGACCCACACGGGGGAAAAGCCCUACCAGUGCUGCGAGUGCGGGAAGAGCUUCAGCAAAAGGUCGAACCUUAUUAAACACCAAAGGCAGCACACCGGAGAGAGGCCGUAUCGAUGCCCCGACUGUGGGAAGAGCUUCAUACAGAGCUCAGACCUGAUUGUCCACCAGCGAACGCACACGGGAGAAAAGCCCUACCAGUGCUCAGAGUGCGGGAAAUGCUUCAGCGUGCGGUCGAAACUUAUUCAACACCAGCGUGUGCACACGGGAGAAAAACCCUACACGUGCGCCAAGUGCGGGAAGAGCUUUGGGCAGAGCUCGCACCUUUCCGUGCACCAGAAAACUCACAGGGGAGAAAAUCAGCGCUCCAAGUGUGGAAGGUCAUCCAGUGUGAGAUCCUGCCUUGCUAAAUACUGGAAACUGCAUGCAGGAGAUGGAUAUACAGAAUAUCUGAGCGUGGGAGAUGGUCUUCAAAAAAAUAUGAAAUGGGCUCCAAGAACUUGUACUUGUUCUCCAAGUUCCUCUGCGCCAGCCAUGGGGACAAUGUGAUACCCAUGCAAUGCAGAGGAAGGAGAGUCCACCACAGGCCUUUCCAAACUGGGGCAUUUGCUUCCACUGGGAUAGAAAAAAAAAAUAAAAAUAAAAAUAGCUUUACCAGCAGGCACUUCAACCAAGGAGGACCUUUUUGGGCAUCCCCGGGGGUUGGUGGCAGAUCAAGACUACAGGAGUUUUUUUGGAGGAGUGGGACACACAGGUGAUGAGCUAAGAGCCUGAAAAGUUGGUCCUAUUUUCUACUGUGCAUUGUCCCUGGGGAUCACAAAGACCUUCCAGAGACCUGGAGGACCCAGGAGUUUGCAAACAGGGAUGAGGCAACUGCAGAUCUCUUGUUAUUAGGCUGUCGGGAAGAUCAUCUGCUUUGUCCCCAAAUCCUGAAG